AUCCAUUUAAGAUAGAGAGAAAGAAGAAGAAGGUGCUAGAACAAUAUUUUCGAAAUCGAAACAAAAGAAAAAGACGAGACUUUAACAAACACUUCUUCGUACCUAAACCAAAUCACACUCUUUGUCUCCUCUCUCUCGCCGAUCGUAAAGGAUGGACGCGACGAAGCUAAGUGAACUCAAGCUCUUCAUCGAGCAGUGCAAGUCUGACCCUUCCCUUCUCUCUACACCUUCCCUCUCCUUCUUCCGCGACUAUCUCCACAGUCUUGGUGCUAAGAUUCCCACUGCCGCUAAUGAAGAACACACAGACUCCAAAGCGAAGAGUUUCGUAGUGGAAGAAGAGAGUGAUGAUGAUGAUAUGGAGGAAACUGAAGAUCCCAAACCCAAAGUUGAGGAGGAAGAGGAAGAAGAAGAAGAGGACGAGAUUGUUGAAUCUGAUGUGGAGCUUGAAGGAGACACUGUUGAACCUGAUAAUGACCCUCCUCAGAAGAUGGGAGAUGCAUCAGUGGAAGUGACCGAUGAGAACCGGGAAGCUGCUCAAGAAGCUAAGGGCAAAGCCAUGGAGGCUCUCUCUGAAGGCAAGUUUGAUGAAGCGAUUGAGCAUUUGACUCAGGCUAUAACGUUGAAUCCCACAUCAGCUAUUAUGUAUGGAAACAGAGCUAGUGUCUACAUUAAGCUGAAGAAGCCAAACGCUGCUAUUCGAGACGCAAACGCUGCUUUGGAGAUUAACCCUGAUUCUGCCAAGGGAUACAAGGCACGAGGCAUGGCUCGAGCCAUGCUUGGAGAAUGGGCAGAGGCUGCAAAAGACCUACACCUUGCGUCUACGAUAGACUAUGAUGAGGAAAUUAGUGCUGUGCUCAAAAAGGUUGAGCCAAACGCUCAUAAGCUUGAGGAGCAUCGUAGGAAGUAUGACAGACUAAGGAAGGAAAGAGAUGACAAGAAGGCUGCACGUGAUAGACAACGUCGCCGCGCUGAAGCUCAGGCUGCCUAUGAUAAAGCUAAGAAAGAAGAACAAUCAUCAUCAAGCAGACCAUCAGGAGGCGGUUUCCCAGGCGGUAUGCCCGGUGGAUUCCCCGGGGGUAUGCCUGGUGCAGGCGGUAUGCCAGGCGGUUUCCCUGGAGGUAUGCCAGGCGGAUUUCCGGAAGGAAAGCCUGGUGCAGGAGCUGGUGGUAUGCCUGGUGCAGGCGCUGGUGGUAUGCCGGGUGGUGUUGACUUUAGCAAAAUAUUGAACGAUCCUGAGCUAAUGACGGCAUUUAGUGACCCAGAAGUCAUGGCUGCUCUUCAAGAUGUGAUGAAGAACCCUGCGAAUCUAGCCAAGCAUCAGGCGAACCCGAAGGUGGCUCCAGUGAUUGCAAAGAUGAUGGGCAAGUUCGGAGGAGCACCUAAGUAAAAAAAAAAACAGAACAGCUUUUGGUCUUUUGCAAUUUAUGUGGUAACUUCGUGAGAUGAGUGAUAUGUUGGUGAUCUUUUUGUAUUUUGUGUUUUCGUUGUGAGAGAAGUUUGAACAGCAACAUCACUCUUUUACAAAUUCGUUAAUAAAAUUAUCUCAUGUUCGUUU